UUUUUUUUUACAAAACUGUAGCAUUGUUCUAAGCAAUCUUAGACCAUGGCUAUUUUUUUUUCUUUCUGUAAACCUUGUGAGACUCAAAGCACCUGCGUUUAAAUAAAAAAAUUCACCACCGAAAUUAGACUGCACUGUCAGCUUCACCGCCACUCUCACAUGCGCAGUCUCUGUCUGUGUUGUAUUAAAUAAAGCCAGGCCGACGAGUUGUAAGGGCCUCGUAUUUUUGAUGUCUUUUUCUGGCCGGUUGACAUGGCCGGUUCCAGUGUCUCUUGGUCGGAGAGAGCCGUGCGGCUCCUACGGAGAAUGAAUAGCUUUUACUCAGCAGGAUCCAGCAGAUGUCAGUGCUGGCACUUCAGUGUAGGGGGUAUGGAGGUGGGUCUAGUGCCCCCUGCAGUCCUGGAGCAGUUGCGCAGGUUUCCGGAGGUGUUCAGUUUCAAGGAGGAGAAGAGGCUGGAGCUGAAUCCCGGCCUUGCCUCCUACCACGAGAGAUCAUCAGCGAUGGACAGAGUGCUGCAGAGACUGAGGGAGGAGAAGAGAUUCACCUGCUUGCAGGGCUGGAGGGACGAGCCUCGCUAAAGCGUUCUCUCCCACAGAAAUACGAAGUGAUGCCUCAGUUCUCUGAUCCACCGUUGAUGUGUAUGGAGAGAGCAGCCACCAGUCUGUUUGGAGUGAAGCGCUACGGAGUGCAUGUCAAUGGCUUCACCAGACAGCCAGACAGACAGUUGGCUAUGUGGGUGGCUCGGAGGUCUCUUAGCAAACAGACGUACCCAGGACUGCUGGACAACAUGGUACCAUGUGGCUGCAUGUUCGUGUGGGGAAUCGGAUCCCAGAAAGGAAUUAGAGACACUCUUAUUAAAGAAUGCGCGGAGGAGGCCAGUAUCCCAGAGUGCAUUGCAUCUGCAGCGCGGCCCGUCGGCACCAUCAGCUACACCUAUGAGGAUGGCGAGGGGGUUUUCUCAGAGUGCCAGUUUGUGUUUGAUCUGGAGGUCCCGAGUGACUUCAGCCCCCAUGUGGGAGAUGGAGAGGUGCACCAGUUUUACCUGUGGCCUGUUGAAAAGGUGAAAGAUGCCCUGGUCACGGAGGAGUUUAAACCAAACUGUGCUCUGGUGGUACUGGACUUCCUGAUCAGACACUCCUACCUGCACCCAGACACAGAGCCAAACUACCUUGAGCUGGUGGUGGGUCUGCACAGGCCUUUGUGAUGAGAAGGCAGAGAGAACCACACAAGGAGCUGAGCUCUCCUGCUUUACACCUCACGAGUGCAAGAAUUGACAAUUCCUGUGUUACAGUAACAUUCAUUUAGCUCUCAUUAGCAAUAGCAGGGGUCACCUUAUUGUUUAGGUGACUACUUUCUCUAGUUAUUUUUAACAACGAUAUACAGAAAUUCUUUCAUGAUUAGAAAAACAGCUGCUUACCACCCCAGAAAGUGAAAACCACACAUUUACAAGGUCUGGAACUAUAACAAACAAGCUGUGUAUUUAUUUUUACACCAGUGUAAUGUUCCUAAAAUCAGUAAGCGUAUUCUUCUCCUUCCUUUUUUUGGACCAUACAUAGAUGUGAUAUUUAAAUACACAAACUAAAAUACAACAUUUUUUGCAUUUAUUUAUUUAUUUUAUUGUGUCUGGUCCAACAAGGAAAUUGCUGUGCAUUUUAAAGGAGACUGCUGUGCUGUAGCCAGCUGGCGAAGGUUGGCUGGUCACGGUUGUCUCCUGUGGAUGGCACUGGCGAUUUGGUCCCACGGAUGCUCUA